AUGAAGCAGACCGGUGAACAUGCCGAUGCGCCCGGCCGCGGUCCGGCGGUCCAGCCCGCCAGAACCCGGCUCGGCCGGCUUUUCAGCUUCGCCUUCGCCGGCGGCGCCGGCUUCAUCGUCGAUCUGGCGGUGCUUCGCGGGCUGAUCGAGCUGGCUGGCCUUGGUCCUUUUGCCGCCCGCAUCCCGGCGAUUGGCGCGGCGAUGCUGACCACCUGGCUGAUCAACCGGACCUUCACCUUCGGUGCCAGCGGCAGGACGGUGGGCAAUGAGGCCGCGCGCUAUGUCACGGUGGCCAUCAUCGGCGCGGUGUUGAACUAUCUGAUCUAUUCGGCGGUCCUUUUGGCAACGCCGGACUGGUUCCUGCCCGAAAUGGCGACAUUCGUUGCCGUCGCCUGCGUCACCGUCUUUUCCUAUCUGGGCUAUUCGCGGUUCGUGUUCGGCGUGAAGGGCUGA